UUCCUCCUUUCCUUAAUGCAUAUAAUGAAUAAUAUGUAUAUUCUUAAUGUAUAUUCUAUAAUGAAUAAUAUGUAUAUCCCCCUUUCCUCUUAAUGCUUAUAAUGAAUAAUAUGUAUAUCCUUAAUGCAUAUAAUGAAUAAUAUGCAUAUAAUGAAUAAUGCAUAUUGUGCAACAAGUAGCAUCAUUUGACAGAACCAGGAAAGUCGUACGACGCCAAUGAGAUUACAAUUCAAUUUUUUUAUUUGUGCGGAAAUAAAAAAUAGACUACAUUGUAACAUUAAGAAAGAAUGGCAAAAAUCGACGAAAAUAUGUCUCUGGAACAUAUUCCAUUAGCAAUAUACAACGAAUUAGUUGAUGAAUUAAAUAAGAAUUCGAAUUGGCAAGUGUUGGCGUGUUGUGUAGCCGAACAUCUUGGUUAUCAAUGGAAUGCAUGGCUUCAAUCCUUAGAGCAGAAUUUAAGUACGACGAAAACACCUGCGGACAAUCUGUUGUUUGAAUUAAAUAUAAAAAUGUGUACAGUUGGUAUAUUAUGCACAUUACUUAGAGAUAGUGAACUUGGUAGCGUUUUGUCUGUUUUACAUCAUCCAGAACCAGCAAUAAUUGUCAAACAUCCAUCUGAUGAUAUGGAAUGUAAUUCCUUAGAAAUAUCCUUUGGCCAACAUCUUUAUCUUUCUUGUAAAGCUACUGGCAUACCACCUCCGAGUUAUCAAUGGUGUCAUAAUAAUAUCGAGCUACAGGAGCAACAGAGUCAUGAACUGGAUAUUAUUAUAAAUAGCUGUGAUCAAGCUGGAGAAUAUAAUUGUAAAAUUUUACAAAUAACUAAAGAUGAAGAGACAGUAAAUUCUGUACUGCUAACAAAAUCAGUUUUUGUAAAUAUAUCUCGCAUGCCUGUAUUUAUACAGCAACAACUACCUCCUUUCUUAGAGGUUAAAGAAGGUGAGGAUUUUAUAAUCAAAUGUAUAGCGCAUGGUCAUCCCAAACCAUGUUACCAAUGGUUCAGAGAUAAUACAAGCCUAGAGGGAGAAACAUCAAAUGUUUUGCAUAUAAAACAAUUUAGUUCCAAAUAUGAGGGAAAGUAUUACUGUUACAUAAAUAAUGGUGUGAAUGAAGUGAUUACUGAAAAAAGUUAUAUAAUGAUGGAUCUUCCUCGUGAAAAAGCAAUUGCAAAGAUAGCUUUAAUCAUUGCAAAUGGUAAUUAUGAAAAUCACAAAUGUUUAGAGACUCCUAAAAAUGAUGCUGCAAAAAUUGGUAAUCUAUUGAAAGACAUAGGUUUUAAAGUAAUGUGUUUUAUAAAUUUAUCACGCGAAGAGAUGAGGAAUGCUAUAAAAGUAUUUAGUCAGGUUUUAACAGAAGGAGUCUAUGGAUUGUUUUACUAUGCUGGGCAUGGUUUCAAAAUGCAGGAAAGUUACAUGCUUGCUGUUGAUGCACCAACACAUUAUUUGAGAACAAAUGCAAUUUGUGAGAGUGAACUAUUGGCUAUAUUAUUACAAAAUGAUCCUGCUCUUUUAGUAACAAUAUUAGACAUGUGUCAAACUGUACCACCAAAAGAAUAUAAUCCUCAUAUUCAUAAUGAAGUACCAAAAAUUGAAGAAUACAAGAGUAGGAAAAAUCUUCGAAAUUUAGUUCAAGCAUACUCCACAUCUAGUCAUCGUCCUAGUUAUGAAAGAACAAGUAGCAAAUAUGGAUUAUAUGCAAUCCAUUUAAGCAAAUAUAUCAGUAAAAAUAUUCCAAUCACAAAAGUAUUUGAAGAAGUAGGAAAAUCAAUAGAUAAACAGUUAAAGGGAACAGAGCGUAACCAAAUUCCAAUGUUUGCAUUAACCAUUACUAAACCCUUCCGUCUUACUGAUGCAAUAUACAAAGGAAAUUCAUCACCUAUGCUAAAUAAAUUGAAUAAGUUAAUAGCUUUUUCAAAUAAAUCUUUUGAAAUAUGCUUUAAGAGAACUGAUAUCACUGCCAAGUGUACAAUCUCGUUAUUUAUGGAGCCUUAUUUAAAUGUAAUCAAAGUUUCAGUACACAACUUGGAAGAUCUAGAAGUGAAUUUUUUUAACUCUGAAGAUGUAACGCCGAAUAAUUUGUUUCAAGAUAAGAAUUCCAAAAAUGAAUGUUGGAUACAUAAUCCACAAAAAUGUCAGGGUUUAAUUAUAUCUAUUUCAAAAAAUGGAACUCACAUUGAUGUAAUAAGGGAGCAUGUUGAAAAUUAUAUUCCACUGAUACUGAAAAGCAUCAAUAAUAACUAACAUAUGUGUAUAAUAACUAAUAAAUGUGUAAAAUAUGAUUUAUAUAAAUUCUUAUACAUAUAUGAAAAGAUUGUAUAGUAUACAUA